GACAGGCUGGACCGAUGACACUGGAGCCAGGGCUGUCUGUCUGUUCUGUUGCCAUGGUGAUACUGACAUGGACCGCCUCCUAGAACACAUGAAGGUGGUUCAUGGAUUUGACCUAAAAACUGUCAGGCAAGCAAAGAGGUUGAACUUUUAUCAACAAGUCAAAUUGAUAAACUACAUCAGGAGACAGAUGCACCAAAACUGCUGCAUUCUCUGCUGUGAAAAGUUUGAAGCAAGAGAAGAUCUGAUUGGACAUUACACACACUCUGGUCAUGUGACUCAGUUCCCAGAAUUCUCAGACUGGGACCAGCCCCAGUAUUUCUUCCCAACUUUUGAAAAUGACAACUUACUUUGCGGGCUGGAGGAUGACAGAGAGGAUGAUGGGAAUGAAAGAGGGGAUGAUGGGAUAGCUGCUGACAAGGACUGCAACGUUGUGAUAGCAGAAGACACCCAAGUGCCAACUGAGUCAAUUUUAAAAGAGGGAACUGUUUUACAAGAGCUCAUAAGAUCCUGAGACUAAUUUGAACCUUAUGUGUACAGACACUCUGUGCUACUAAUAUUCUAUGCAAAUUUUCAGGGUUUGAGAUCAUGUGUCAUUAUGCAUACUUAGACAAAAAUGACAAUUAUAUACUUUUUGCAUGCAGAUUAAUUAGCUUUACAACCCAUGUCUUUAGAGACAGACAGUAUCAAACCC